AUGUUGCCACUUGCAGCAGCUCUCAUCAAUGCUGUGAUCCCCAUCUCACUCCUGGUAUUCACAUCGACGCUACCCUGUUCCACAAGGUACUGCACCGCUUGCAUCAUGCCGUUGUCAGCAGCCCACAUCAGCGCUGUGCUGCCUCCGAACUUGUCCUUCGCAUUCACGUCUGCCCCGCACUGA